AUGGAAGAAUCUUCAGUCAAUAACUGUUUUCAACAGAGAUGGGCAAAUGUUCCGUUCAACUCGAUUGACUGCCUGACUGACAUGUCAAUGUCUGUCAGUCAGUCAGUCAUAUUCUCCUGUCUUGUGAAUUCUGCUUUAAAUGGUUUUGCAUUUGAAUUAUUAAGAGCCAACAUAUAUUCAGAUAAAGUUCAUUAA